AUGUCUGGAACAGAAAAAUGUUGUACACAAGCAGACAACAUCAUACGUGAAAAAAAAGAUGUUGACAUUUAUUCAAGAUCAUAUAACCCUGGGACACUUACAAAACAAAAAUUUGAAUUACUUGGAACCCAUGAAGCAGUUAAAGAAUCGCAUCGAUCAUAUUUUGUUAAUCAAAAACAUCAUAAAGAUUUAGCUACAGCACAUGUUACAAAAAUAAAUCGUGAAGCUAGUUGUUCAAUACCAAAACCACGUAUCGAAAGAAUACAAGGUGAUGCAUCAAAAAAAUAUGUUCCACAUUGUACAAUAUUACAUCGAUGUAGCGAUGAUACCGGUUGCUGUUCAUCUGAUUUAAAAACUUGUGUUGCAAAGAAAACACAAGAAGUGGAUUUAUUCUUUUAUGUGAAAUCCAUUAAUUCAAAACAAGGUACAAUAGAACGUCUCACAUUCCAAAAUCAUACAGAAUGUCAUUGUGUUCGUAAAACAAGAGAAAAAUCAUCAUUACAAAAUUUAUUAUUAGAACCGGCAUUAUUAAGGCGUGCAACAGUUUUGGAUUGUAACUGUCCAAAAUUAUUUGAAAAAGUUUUACAAGAUGAUGGUUAUUGUAGAUGUGAUUGUUCAUCUGGUAACAGUGAUUGUGAUUGGUUAAAACGUGGUAUGGAACAUUUUUCAAUGGUGGAUAGAAAAUGCAUUUUGGAAGGACGAUGUAAGCCACCAACAUGUGAAUUUGGUAGUUAUGAUAAAAAACAUGGAAGAUGUCCUAGAAAAGAUGACAAAUUAUUUUCCCGUAGCUUUGAUUAGAAUUAUUUACAAAUUUUUAGUUGAAAUGAUAAAAUUUAUGAUAUUUUUAAAAUUUCUUUAAAAAAUUUAAUUUUUUUUUAUAAUUUUAUUUUUAUAUUUUUUUUAAUAAUUUUUUAACUUUUUGAAAUGGAAAAAUAAUAAUUUUGUUGAAGAAAAUUGAUCAAAUUACAAAAAAAUUUAAAAAAGUCUCAAAAUAUGAAGAGAGAACUCCUGUAAGGAAUUGAUGAAAAUAUUUCUGCAUUGCCGCCUUAAUUAGGACCUUAAAAGACCAUUUUAGUCAUUUAAGGUCCUAAUUAGGGCAACCACUUUUAUUUGCUCUUUCUUAAGCUUCUUUACUCUUCUUAAUAUUGGAAACUUAUCUUUGUUUUUUUGAAGGGAAAUGAUUUUUCACCAUGUCUUAUUAGUGCAUUUACUUUCACACGCAGCCCUUGCAUUGUUUAAUUUUCGAUUCAAAAUUUUACGAUAAUUAACCCCCCAGGGGGCUAAUACUAAAACUAUAACCUAAUAAGCUUUCUAAACUAAAUUAAUAAAAAAAUUCAAUAAUAUUCUUUCCAAUUUCUUUUAUCUUUCAAUGGUUUUCAACAAUGAAAUAUUUUGGAUUACAAAGGAAAACUAUAAAAAAACAAGAAAUUGACUUUACAAUUACAUUUUAAUAAACAUAAAAAGAAAAUCUAAGAAAAUUAAAUUUUCUGAAAAAAAAUUAAAAAAAAAAAUGAGAUUCUCCUUCUCUUGCUCUCAAUUAAAUUCAAUCGAUAAAAUUUUCCAAAGACAGAAUAAUUUUUAUGAAAUCAUUAAAGAAAAAUCCUCUAAAAAAGCAACAAAUUUAAAAUUCACCUUGAAACUAUCAAAAGAAAAACAUUAAAAGAGAGAAAAAUAAUUUCCUACAUUUGCAAUUUUUUUCAUUUUUUAAAAAAAUUUCUUCCUUUCGGCGUUUCGGAUUAAAGAGAAAAAAUUCCAUUAAGAAGUCGACAAAAAAUUUCAAUAUAAAAGAAAAGCCGAAAUUCCAAUUUUAUGGUAGGUAAUAAAAUUACAAAAAUAAAAUUUUUUUUAUGUCAUUCGGACUUUAAGCGAAAAAUACAAAAAAUUUUUAAGAAUAAACAAAAAAAAAUUUUAUUUUGUCAUCAUCUAUUCUCUACCCAGUCGUCGUCAAGCUCACCAUGUCAUCGUAAUUAUGAGAACGUUUCAGCGCAAAAUUUUAUGUAUUUUUUUUCUUCUUUUUUAAUUUUCUUAUUAUUUUAUUGCUUUUAACUUCAAUUAGCAAAUAUAAAGUCUACUAAAAUCAAAACAUACCUAUACCAUAAAGAAAAGAUAAAACACAAAGUCUGAUGUAAUCAGACCAUAAUCCAUCGGCUUGUUUCUCUGGAAUAAUAUUCCGAAAUUUUAAUCAAUCUUUUUUUUGCUGAGUGCUGCCCGAAAGUGUGAAAAUCCUUUAUCAAUCCAUUUAUAUAUAUUUUAAAUUUCAAGAGACUAGUAAGCUUUAAAAUCUGAGAAUUCCGUAUAUCUGACACCUUACAUUAUGUUCCAUUGAUUCAGUCGAAAUCAGGAUUAAGGAGGUAUAAUAGACUAACUAGCUGAUCAAUAUGUUGUUGAAAAUAAUUUUAUUCACUUUUCUCUAACUUUCGCCAAUACAUUUUCAAUUCAAAAUUCGGCAUGUUGUGAAAUAUGCUACAAUCACAACAUAAUACCUGUCGUAUUGCUAUGAUAAACCAGGGUUUACGGUGUGAAAUAUUACGAAAACUGGAAAAACAACACAGGAACAAAAAAAAAAUAAUAAAAUUAUGGAAAAAAACGAAAAGCUUGUAGUUAUACGUUGAUGAUGGUGCGAAUAAGGAUAGGCUGGUGCAAUACUGUAUGUAUACAAAUAUAUUAUGACAAAAGAAUAGAGAAUAAAAUGAAGAAAAAAAUUUUGUUUUUGAAAAAUACUAAAAUUUCUAAAUUUUAUUUCCUAGUUCUUUUAUCACUUUAUAUGUGCACCAAGGUAUCGUAUAGAAUUUUAUGAGAACCAGGAAAUCCUUUUAUAUCUCUGUUGAAUGGACGUGAUCUCCCAUUUUGAAUGGGAAAUAUGUAUGAGUAUUCCAUGCUCUAGUAAGCUACCAUAUUUAUUUUUUUCUCUCUUUUUCUCUUUCUGUUUCAUUUUGUUUUUUUAUUUUUUUUUGUCACCGUUCUAUUUUUAUUCAUCGUAGUAUUCUUUAGCUUUAUAAUAUUUUGGUAAUACUCUUAGUCAUCAUGUGAGGUUAUGAUAUUUUUACUGUAAAUGCAAUAAUGGGAAAAGUCAAAAUAGUAUUAAAAUGUAAUUUUAUAAAGAGGUGUUAUGUACUAGGAUUUGGAAGUAAAUGAAUUUUUCGUUUUAAAAAUUGAAUUACUAGUCGUUAAGAAACUCCGUUAUUUUAUUUACUACACCAUUAUGGAUUUUUACAGUAACAACUUUCCGUACUCUAAAAUUCACCAUAAAAUUUGGAACGUUUCAUACAGUGUCAAAAGUUCCAAUGUAGAAUCCUUCAUUCAAUACGAAUUGUCCUUAUUAUGUUACAACAAUUUGUUCAAAUAUAAAACAUAUUGUUUGAUGAAAAAUUUGAUGUAAGUCUAUGUAAGAAUGGUCCUUGUUUGACCUCAGACCAAACAACAUUGAUGCCAGUAAAUUCGAGUGGGGACAUUGUAGCCUCAUUAUAUCUUAACAAAUUAUACACUUUUCCAUCUGUCUUAUUCUAGCCUGAAAACGAAUCCUUUAAAAAUUUCACAUAAACAUUCAAAGACUUUCAGAUUAAUGAUCAAAUAAAAUCAAUUUGAAAAUAAUAAAUAAAUUUUCUGUACAUUCUCCAUUUCAAAUUAACAAAAAAAUACGAGUAUUCCAACAAGUUUCUACAAAAGUAAAUUUUAUUCAUAAAUAAAAGUACAAUUUAAAAAGUAAAUACUUUUAUUUCCUUUUUGAUGUCAGAGCUGUACACGUUUCUUUCUACCUUUUAAUUUAUUGUAUUCCCUUGUGUUUCAAGUUGCAAUACGAGUAAUAUUCAACAUAUUACCGAUGGAUUUUUGUCCAAUAUUGCUUUAACAUCAUUUUUCAGUACAACUUUUAUUUUUUCGAUUAUUCUUUUCAACUUUUAUAUUAUUACUUUUUCCGUUUCAUAUCAAUGAAAAGUUUUAAUGUAUAAUGUUUGAUCUUUAAAAUUGAAUUUUUGAAAUCGUUAGUCAUGCCGCUCGAAGGAUAUUUUUGAACGUUUUGACAAUGGAAUGCCGAAAAUUCUAUUAAAGAUUUUUAUUCUUGCAUUUAAUACUGGUAAACUAUUAUAAAUUAAAAUCUGUUUUUGCUUUGAGAGUGCUCACAACUCACAUUGAUUUUACGUAGACACAUACUGAAACGACAUCUACAUGCUACAAAAACAAGCCGCAUUAUGUUUAUAUAAUAAUGGCCGUCAAAUCUGUUAAAGUUGCCACCAUGUUGACAAAGAGAGUACCUUCCAAAAUCUUCUCAUAAUUUGUGAAUAACUGAAUAGGUGCUGAGUACCCUAUAAUUGCUAUAAUUUUUUUUCUACUUUGUGACUUUUCGAAAAUAAAUAAAAAAGAAAACAAAACAAAUCUAAUUUUUACUUCUCGUUGUCGUUGUUUACUGUUGUGCAACGUACAUUUGAAAAAACAAGAAAAAAAAAAUAAGGUGCUUUUCACCAUCAUCAGCUUGAUUACAAUUCGCGUAUAUUAAAUUUUAUAACGUAAAAAAUGUAAACAAAAAAAAAAAAUGAAUUCAAAUAUUGAAAAUGCUUUUUGGACUAACAGUUACGUGUGCACAAAAAUAAGUAAAUAUUUCUGUACGUGUGUAUGUGUUUAUGGCCCUACACAUAGGUGCACAUAAAAUCAUUGUCCUUGAUGCUGCUUUAAAAGAAAAAUAUUUUCCUUUUUCUCACUUUGUUUUUCAAUGAUUUUUCCAUAUAAAAAGAAAAAAUUAUAAUAAAAAAGAUAAGAAAAUAAAAGAAAUUUAAAUGAUAAAAUAAAAAAAAAAAUGUUCUUCUUAUAAAGGAGAACUUUUAGCACCUACUAUACACCAUCCUAAUGGCAGUAUACAAAAUCAGUCAACAAAUAUAAGAUUAAAGUUUUUGUUUGAUUUCAUUUAAUACAAGUUGUCCCAAAGGUAAUUUUGUAUUAAAGAGAGUGUAAAAUUUUUGAUUCUUAACUCAAAAGGGUAAGGGUAAAUUUCCUUAUUCGUUUAAACAAAAAUAAAAUUUGGUUCAUGGUCAUAUUAUAAAAUGUGAAUUUGUAAAUGAAUUAAGUGCAUUUUGAGAUCAUGUAAAAUUUCUAUAAAAUCAAAUCCAUUUAUGGUGUAUGAGGUUAAAUGUUUGAUAACUUGUAAAGGGAAAAUUAUUCGAAAACCGGGGUUUUUUACUUCUAUACCCUAAGCAAUAUGAACUUGACAAAUAAGUAAUUUUUAAAACUUGAAUACGGAAAUGUAAUUUGACUUGAAAACUGAAAAUGUGGUAAAUAUCAUCAAACAUUUUGGCGUACGAACUAUUUUCAUCCAUAAUUCAAUUAAAAUUUAAUGGAACUAUUAAAUUUAAUUCAAUAACUUCUCAGUAUAAAUUUUUUUUUUUUUCCUUCUUCACUCCUAGGAGGAUUAUAGGGCUAGUGCAUGAUAUCUAUCAUGCCCUAGUUUCUAUAGUCAUAGAGAGUUAGCUAGGUAUGUGACUAGCCUACCGUAGUUUUUUUUAUUUAUAUUAAAUAUUUCAGUUUAUCAAUAUUUACUGUUUAUUUUUCUUAGUCUUUAGUAUCGAAUAUUAUGAAUAUUUGAAAAUUACUUCUAUAAUAUUUAUUAGUAUUGCAUAUUCAGUUAUAUAAUAUUGAAUAUAAUUUUUAUAGCGACCUGACCGCGGUUUGAACCCGAGACCCUUCGGUUAAAGGGCCGGUGCCAUAACCACUGCACCAAUAGUCAGAUCUCAGUAUAAAUAUCUAUCCAAAAUUUACAAUAUUGUCAAAAUCAUGACAGCUAUCAAUUUUCGAAUUUGUUGUCAAAAAUUAUGACAGAUGUCAAAUACUCACAAUUUAUUUAUUAUUGAAUUUGACCACUUAUACACUUUGUUUCAGUCAAUAAUAUUAAAAUAUAAAAUUAAGAAAAUAUUUCAAAAGUGUUUCAAGAAACAAAAGAAAAAAAUAAUUUUUUUCAAUGUUGUUAGUCCGCACCCAAAACUUUACACACUACUUAUAAGUAAACACAUUGAAUUUUGCUAAGGAAUGAAAACUGUUAUACCUGCUGUAGAACUAUAUUAGCGUUACAGAACUAAAAUGUUGUUUUAAUAAAACUUAAAUGGCAUGCAGAAAAUAGAAACAAUUUUACAGGAUAAUGAAUGGCUCUUCACGCCCAAUACCUAGGUAUUAUUUUCGUUUUAUCCUUAUUUUCAAUUCUAUUUUGAGAAAAAAUAAUAAAAAAGCACACAAACUACUUAUAAAAGAAAUAAAAUUUUAAAUUUAAA